AACCGAGUGGCUUGUCUAAAUUCCGUCUAUCCCGGAUGCGGUUCCUCAGUGUACAAUUCGACCGAGGAUAUGUCAUCCAUGUUUACACAUGAUCCAACUAGUCGUCUAGUCUCACGUGGUCAUCCAACGUCCGGUGGAUCUGUAACCACCACUCAAAUUCCAAUGCACGAUGAUAUUCUGGCACUGAAUCGAUCAGUGAACAAUAACGGUGGUGGGGCUAGUACAGGCCCUGGUGGUGGUGGCGGUGAAUUAAUUUACUGUCAAUGGAUCGAUCCGAUCCCGUUAGUCCCAAAUGCUCCCCGAAAACCGUGCAACAAAGUGUUCGAUUCAGUAAGUGAAAUAGUGAACCAUAUCACAUUGGAACAUGUGGGCGGACCCGAACAGUUGGAUCAUACUUGUUACUGGAGAGAUUGUACACGGGAAGGUAGACCGUUCAAGGCGAAAUAUAAACUGGUCAAUCACAUUCGAGUACAUACGGGAGAAAAACCAUUCCCUUGUCCGUUUCCUGGUUGUGCCAAAGUAUUUGCUCGAAGCGAGAAUUUGAAAAUUCACAAACGUACACACACCGGUAAGUUUUCGAGUUUUCUUUUGCACAGGAUUAAGCAUAGAAUUGUAUGUGUGUAUAGCAAAAAAAAGUGUUUGAUUCUUGAAGUGUAUUGUUUAUUUAGUAUCGUCGUAUGCUAUAUUAUUUAA